AUGGACGGUUCGUGUUGCCAGCGCUGGGAGAAUCUUCUGCUGUCCAUCAACCGAUUCCUGGGUGUAUCUCCUAGUGGAAGAAAGGGAAUCCUUCACUGGCUUCAUUCCUUGUGGUGCCUCUUUCUGCUUCUAUACGUCUGGGCAGGAAGCAUUUGUAAGUGUAUAGAGUUCAAAGUGGAGAUGCCCACCAUCGAGAAACUACUCUACUUGAUGGAGUUCCCGGGAAACAUGUCGACCAUUGCCAUCCUCGUUUACUAUGCCAUCUCAAAUCAUCCCUCUGCUCAUGACGUGGAGUCCCAGAUUCACCUCGUGAUCAGAGGACUUGAAAGCAAAGCUAUUCGUGUUGUUUAUACGAAACAUGGUCAGAGGACUCUUCACCUAAUAGUGGUUGUUACGGGUUUCCAUGGCUUGUGUGUUCUGGUGGACGUGAUCAACUCUAACUUUGAGUUCUGGACCACUUGGAUAAGUAACAGUGUCUACAAUCUGCCUGCCCUUAUGAUGAGCUUAGGGAUUCUCCAGUAUGCACUUCCUGUGCACUUUCAAUGGCUCUUGCUUGAGCGGAUGAGGAUAAGUCUUAAGGAGCUAAGGCUGCGGCAGAGGCCUCCGGGAGACAUAAAUAAACUGGAUGCUCGGUAUGAGUCCGCCUUUGCUGCGCUGGUGAAUGUGGGUGGGGGUUCUACUUUGUUAGUCGAAGAGAUGCGAUCAACCUGCAAUCUCAUUGAGCAACUCCAUAAGAAGUUGCUAUCCAGGUUUGGCAUCUUCCUUCUGUUAAACUUCAUCAAUUCCUUGGUCAGCUUUUGUGUGGAGCUCUACUUGGUUUUCAACUUCUUCGAUAAUCCCUUGUGGAAUGAGUACAUGUUGCUGAUAUAUCGCCUGCUUUGGUUACUCCUCCAUGGCGGACGCAUCUGUUUUAUCCUGGCGGUCAACGAGCAGAUUCUGGAACAGAAAUGCAACAUUUGUCAGCAGCUCAAUGAACUUGAGGUGUGCAGCUCCCACCUGGAGCGGACCAUUAAUCGUUUCUUGCUGGAACUUCAUACGAGUAUCGACCAACCCCUGGAAGCCUGUGGAAUCGUGACAUUGGACACCCUAUCUUUGGGCGGGUUCAUCGGCGUUCUGAUGGCCAUUGUCAUUUUCCUCAUACAAAUCGGACUGGGCAAUAAAUCGCUAAUGGGUGUUGCCCUCAAUAGAUCCAGCUGGGUGUACAUUUGA